AUGCCUCCAAUCAAAGGUUCCAACAUCCUGAUCAUCGGCGGCUCGUCUGGAAUUGGAGCAGCAGUAGCCAAUCUAGCCGCCGCCGAAGAGAAUGUUCAAGUCUCCAUUGCCUCAUCGAAUCCUACCCCCGCUGUCCCCAACGCACAAAUCAAAGGCUACACAGUUGACAUUGGUGGGGAUGAUGCUGAGUGUCAGCUACAACAACUAUUGACAGAAGUGACGACGGCAACGGGUCCUUUGAACCAUAUCGUCUAUACGGCCGUAAAACUCGAAUUCAAAUCCCUUCAAGACGUGACAAUUGAUUUCCUUCGGGCUGAUGCUCAAUUCCUCGUCUCUGUGCCACUUCUGAUCGCCAAGAUUUCUCCUUCUUUCAUGGCCAAUAGCUAUCGAUCAUCCAUCACAUUCACCAGUGGUCGUAUUGCGGAAAAGCCUAUGAAAGGAGCAGCGGUAUUAGCGGGCUGGGGCGCCGCUUUAUUCGGUAUUGUGCGUACUCUUGCGCUCGAUUUGGCCCCCAUUCGGGUCAAUCUCGUCAGUCCCGGUACAACGGAUACGGAAAUUCAAGGUGCCGACGAACAGCGUCAGAAGAAGAUGGCGGCCGCGGCGGAACGGGCAUUGUUGGGGAAAGUGGGGACACCUGAGGAGGUGGCUGAGGCUUACAUCUAUCUAAUGAAGGAUUCCAACAACACAGGCAGCUGUGUGAGCACCAGCGGCGGAGAUUUGGUUCAGUAG